UUUCCGGCGUCGUCAACCCAGAUUGCGACCCUGAGCAGUUAUUUAGCUAGGUACUAUCGUUGAAGUUUGAUCAAGGAUUGCAAAUACAUCACAAAUGGUACCGUUAGUUAGCUAAAUUAAUGCAAAUACAUGCGUUUUUGGUUUAUGUGAAUUUCAUGGUUAGUUGCCUAACAUAGCAAUUGUCUAGAUUAGUGUCUUCGCCUUGCUAAACCGGCUAAUGCUAACCAACACUUUUAGCAAGCUAACGGUAGCUAGCCAGUCGCAAUGGAAAUGCAACAGCUUGCCGACUCUUUUUCAGACUUUUAGCUUGUUACCGUUUGUUAGUUAAGCAUUCGCUAUCUGUUUUAUGUCUCAGGUUAUAGCUAGCGAAGUUGCCAUCUGGAAUAGCGAGAUAUAGUUAGCGAAGGUGCCAUCUGGAAUGCGGAAUCAUUUUUUUUUUACCAACAAUAGAUUGUAUCGUUUGGGCAGACUAGUAUGUCCGACUCGACGUAGAAUAGACAGUAGUGUAAUAACUUUAGAUAUUAAUGUUUGCCAUCCGAUUAGUUGUUUUCGACAUAAUGAUGAUUAGCCGAUCAGAUCGAACCUCCAGCGGCAUAACGUUACCCAAGUACUGUAACUAGCUUGUACUCUGGAGAUCGAGCCGACAGUUCAUUGAAAUCAUGGACAGUGAAGUGUCAGACUUUGAGCCUGCACCAGGGCUUGAGAGCAGUAUGGAGGGCGAGAAUGCACCAGUGUACUGCAUUUGUCGAAAACCUGACAUCAAUUGCUUCAUGAUUGGUUGUGACAACUGUAAUGAGUGGUUUCAUGGUAAUUGCAUCAAUCUCACAGAGAAGAUGGCCAAAGCUAUCAGGCAGUGGUACUGCCUGCGAUGCCGAGACAAAAACCCAUCAUUGGAGAUAAAAUACCGUCCAAAGAAGAGCCGUGAAAAGGAGGCAGAGGGCCAGAGAGAGCCAGAGAGAAAAUUUGAAAGACAAAACAGCACUCCAGAUUAUAAAUCUGAAAGGCGCCGUGGAUCAAAGGUUAAGCGCUCUGCUCGUAUGUGUGGAGAGUGCGAGCCCUGCUUGAGGACUGAGGACUGCGCCACAUGUGACUUCUGCAAGGACAUGAAGAAAUUUGGGGGUCCCAACAAAAUAAGACAGAAGUGUCGAUUUAGGCAGUGUGACGUCCGAGCCAGGAAAAUGUUGCGUGUGAAGGAUGAAGAGUUUAAUUUGCGUGAAAGGCGGGAUAAUUCCUACCACCGGAGAAGACGAUACUCAGACGACUACGAUAGUGAGGCAGAACUCUAUGAAAAGUACAAGGCAGCGGGAUAUGACGACAACAUGCCAUGGCUCAGUGAUGAGGAUGACGGGCCUCCAUUCAGCCCUGUCCUGCGAAAGAAAGCUGUGAAGGUCAAGCAUGUGAAGAGACGGGAAAAUAAAUUUGACAAGAAAAAAGAGUCACGGCGGCACAAACAGAAACAGAAGCACAAGGACAAAGUCAGGCACAGUGAUAGGGGCGAUGCCAGGGAUGGAGGAGGGCAGCGACAGUGCCUCGGGCCCAGCUGUGUGGAAGCUGCACGAGCCAACUCAAAAUACUGCUCAGAAGAAUGUGGCAUGAAGCUGGCUACCAACCGGCUCUAUGAGAUACUCCCUCAACGUAUCCAGCAGUGGCAGCAGAGCCCCUGCAUCGCUGAGGAGCAGGGCAAGAAGCAACUGGAGCGGAUCCGAAGGGAUCAGCAGAAUGCACGCAUGCGUCUCACUGACAUGGAGAAACGCUUCCACGAGCUGGAGGGAAUCAUUGCUAAGGCCAAGCAGCAGGUAGUCCAGCAGGAUGAGGAGACAAAUGAAGGGGACAAUGAAGAAACAGACCUGAUGAUUUUCUGUGUGUCCUGCAGUCACCCUAUCAACCCAAAGGUGGCACUGCGACAUAUGGAGAGAUGCUAUGCUAAGUAUGAGAGCCAGACAUCUUUUGGUUCAAUGUACCCAACAAAGAUCGAAGGAGCAACAAGACUCUUCUGCGAUGUGUACAACCCCCAGAGCAAAACCUACUGCAAGAGGCUUCAGGUUUUGUGCCCAGAACAUUCCAGGGACCCAAAGGUCCCAGGGGAUGAGGUGUGCGGCUGUCCUCUGGUUCGUAAUGUGUUUGAGGCAACAGGCGAAUACUGCAGGGUUUCUAAACGCAAAUGUAAUAAGCACUACAACUGGGAGAAGCUCAGGAGAGCUGAGGUGGACCUGGAGCGUGUCAGAGUGUGGUACAAGCUGGAUGAGCUCUUUGAGCAGGAGCGCAACGUCAGGACUGCUAUGACCAACAGGGCAGGUCUACUUGCUCUCAUGCUGCACCAAACCAUUCAGCACGACCCCCUGACAACGGAUCUCCGUUGCAACAAGGACAGAUAGCCGGCUGCAUCUUCAUGUUAUUUCUGAGUGGCAUUUUCGUACAUCUUUGUUAGAGAUUUAUAGUAUCUUUUUGUAGCGACUUUGGAUUUUAAGACCUUUGCUGAUGUUGAAAAACUGAAUAUUUGAAUGGUAAAUUAAUAUUUUCCUUGUGUCCAGCACUAUUGAGGUCUUGUCACUUCUGGUAUCUUGCUAAUUAUAGUCCAAAAAUAAAGACUGUGAUCAAGCUCUCCUGCAAAUGGAAAAUCCUUGGUCAAGCCAUCUGUGCUGUAGAAUCUGCGUGUGCAUGCACUCACAUUAUGGUAUAGCUGACCCCAUUUAGUUGACUGGACAAUUGUUUGUUUGGUAGAUUGAAUUAGUUGAGCAGUAGCAAAAAAUAAUAUUUCAUGGGGCACGAAUCAGACCGGUGUCUUGUACACGUCUGAGUGGACUGCUCCAUUGUGGAGGACAUGGGGAGGGCACAGUCCAUGAAAUGUGCUACUGAAAUUCUAUUCGGUUAUAUUACAUAAGAACAAUGGUGCAACGCUAAUAGCAAUUAUAAUAUUAAACACAUGCGCUUUUUCUAGUGUUGGAUAGUGGCGCUGUUCACGAUUCAGAAAAAUGUCUGUGUGCUCUUGAAUUGGCACCUUUUCCUAGACCAUGUUGCUAUGUGCAUAAUAGCAGAGUCAACCAGCAUACUGGUGUUGAGAAAAAUACAGUGGAGGCAGCAGCAGAAUGAGAUGAGAACAGCCCUUGGCUUAUUGUCUCAGAAAAUUGAGGGGAACGGGAACCCCAACUUAAUUAGGUCUGCUCAGUCUAUCUGUUGAAUAUGCCUGGCUUCAUAUAUCUACAAAAAUAAAACAGAUCCUGCUUCUGUUGCCUGUUUGAGUGUUUAAUAGCUUACUGCUUCAGUGAGCACCAAGCCUCACAAUUACAUGUCAAGUAAACAAUUUUACAAAUUCAGCUGUUUUUAAUCUUUGCUUUGCUGUAAUAAAGGCUUUACACUUUUCA